AUAAAUAUCGAAUUUUUCUUCCGACAGAAACAGUUGAGAUUAUCAACACUAGAUAUGGGUCAACACUGGAUCAGUUUUUAUCUGCUAGUAGUAUGUGUACAUCUAUCAUAUCAGAGAUCAAUACCAAACGCAACAACUUACAGAGCGGCUGUAGUAGAGUAUCCUUCAAGAUCUUUAACAAACAGCAGUGAUACUAUGAAUGAAAAUUCUGACGUGUAUGUCAGAUUUAUUACAACAGCAGCUCGUGAUAAUGUUGAUAUAAUUGUAUUUCCUGAAGAUGGUUUAACAACAUCUAGUUUGCCGGGAAGAGAUAAAAUGGGAGAUUGGACAACGGUUAUUCCCAGUGCCUCAGACAAUUGUACACCUUGUUAUGAAAAUACAAUGGAAAUCAGCGAGAUAUUAAAAAAAAUAUCAUGUGCUGCAAGCAAUAAUGAAAUCUAUGUGGUAAUCAAUAUUGCUGAGAAAGUAACUUGCACUAGCGAACCUUGCCCAAAAGAUAAAGUAUUUUAUUACAACACCAACGUUGUAUUCGAUCGCACAGGAAAAAUUAUUGCCAAGUACCGUAAAACAAAUCUUUUUGUAACGGAAGUUAACAAAUUUGAUGUGACAAAAAUACCAGAAAUAGUGACUUUUGAUACUGAUUUUGGAGUAAAAUUCGGAACUUUUAUAUGUUUUGAUAUUUUAUUUGACGAACCCGCAUUAAAUUUAACAAGAGAUUUUCAAGUUACUGAUAUUGUAUAUCCUACAGCGUGGCAUUCUGAGGUGCCAUUCUUAACAGCUAUACAAACGCAAGCAGGAUGGUCAUUUGCUGAAGACGUAAAUCUUUUAGCUGCGGGCUAUAAUAGACCAAACGUUGGUCAUGUUGGUAGUGGAAUUUACUUAGGCCGCAAAGGAAUCGGUAAGGCGAUAAUGCCUACAACUGGACACGAAGAAAUGUUAAUAUUUGAAGUACCAAAAAUAAAAAAAGAAACUAGAUACAGAACAAAUCACGAUCAUUUAGACGUUAAAGAACAGGAAGCUAAGUUAUAUUAUCAUAGAAAGAAGAAUGUAAAUGAUGAAUUACUGAAGAAGUGGGAAGACAACACAAUAACUGAUGAUAAAAUAUUAUUGUUACACGAAGAUCUUAGUAACUAUUAUACGUAUCCAUUAGAAAAAAAUAUUACAGAAUUAAGCCUCUGCGCAAGUGAUUUCUGCUGCAAUUUUAAAGUGGAAAUUAUAAAAGUAGACUCAAAUACAAAAUAUCGUUUAGCGGUUUUUAAUGGUAUUCGUCGUUACUUUACCAUUGAAGCUAACUUAAGUGUAUGCGGCAUAAUUCAAUGCUCGAAUGACUCUGUCUCGUCAUGCGGUUCCCUGCAAGAAUCAGAAGUGGUAUUUGGGAAUAUUGAAAUUGAGGCAACAUUUGAGAAUUAUGAAAACAUUUUGAUUAUGCCGUCUACAUUAAAUUCAAAUUUACUUCCGUUAAAAAAUUGGACAUUUUAUGAACUCACUCGCGACGAUUACGUAUCUCUUAAGUAUGUUAGCAUGUCUCUAAAAAACAAUAUAAACAAUUUAGUAACGUUUGGAAUAUUUUCGAGGAACUUUAAUACAGAAAAUGCAAACAAAGCAUCCUUUUAUAACGUUACUUAAAUUAUAAUGUUAUUAGCAACGUAGUUAUUAUUAAAAUUAUAAUUUAUAUAUUCAGGGAAGAAAAGAGUAUUAUGUCUACUGUGAACAUUACAGAUACCUCAUUAUCUCCGUUAUUAGGUGACGAAUUCAAAUAAUUGUUUAUGGAAAUAUAUAAUUAGUAGCCCGCUUUUUAAUGGCGAUAAUAUGUUUAUACACAAUAGCUAACAAAUGUUAUAAGGCAUUUUUACUUUCGAGCAUUUCUAAACUUUUUCAAAUAACAUUUUAGCACUUAAUUUCAUGUACUCUUCCUCAUUGUUUUUAAAUUUGAGCGUAUUAUCACACAAAUGUAUGUACUCUCAAGUAUGUUUUUGACAUUUAACUUUUUAUUCGGCUAUACACACUUUAAAUUAUGCAGAGUUAAAUAGUAACAUGGAACUUUGUUAAUACAGUUUUGAAAUUUUUAUAUUGAAACAAUUUUUCAAUAAAUCGAUUAUUA